AUGAUUGAAGGCAGUCAUGCACUUCUAUCCAAAAAUUUAGAGACCAAGGCCGAUGCGGAUGAUUUUACUGAGCAAAUAGAGGCUAGAGACAUGCUAGGCGCGUGGGUGAAAGCAGAUAAAAGAAUUUACAAGGAGAAACUUUACAGCUUAAAUGCUAACCGUGAAAGAUGA